AUGCUGAGCGGUGUCCUCUUACUGAGCGUCCUCACGGUCACCAGCCUGUCGCCAUCUGAGACGGAGAGCCGCAAAACUUCAGCCUCCAAAGAUAUCUGCAGGAUCGGCUGCGCUUGUGAGGAGAGAGAGAACAUUUUGAAUAUUAACUGUGAGAAUAAGGGAUUUACUACUGUCAGCCAGUUCCAGGCACCCCCAAAUAAGAUCUCUCAGCUUUUUCUAAAUGGGAACUUCCUGUCUCGUAUCAGUGCAAAUGAGUUUGUCAAUUAUGGCAAUGUCACCUCUCUGCAUCUGGGGAAUAACGGAUUACAGGAGAUCAGAAAGAACGCUUUUCAGGGGCUGCGCUCCUUGAAAAGGCUGCACUUGAACAACAACAACCUGGAGGGGAUAAAGGACGACACAUUUGCGGGACUUGAGAGUAUGGAGUAUUUACAGGCAGAUUAUAAUUAUAUCAGCACCAUUGAACCGGGUGCUUUCAGUAAACUGAACAAGCUUAAAGUGUUGAUCCUCAAUGACAACCUCCUGCUAUCUUUGCCUCCAAACAUUUUCCGCUUUGUGCUCCUUACCCAUUUGGAUUUACGUGGUAACAGGCUCAAGACUUUGCCCUUUGCUGGGGUACUAGAGCACAUUGGUGGAAUCAUGGAGAUCCAGCUGGAGGAAAACCCAUGGAAUUGUACUUGCGAUUUGAUACCAUUAAAGUCCUGGUUAGACACCAUUUCGGUGUUUGUCGGGGACAUCGUGUGUGAGACGCCGUUCAGGCUCCACGGGAAAGACAUCGGCCAACUUAUAAAACAGGACUUGUGUCCCCGCAGAAAUGCUGGUGAGCGUGCUCACCCUGCACCUGACUCUCACUUUCAAGGGGCAAUGCCCGCAACCUACCUUCCCGGCAUGGUAUCCCCCACCCGCAUCCCUAAAGCCUCACGGCCACCUAAAAUGCGAUACAGGCCCACCCCUCGCAUCGGAAAGGACAAACAUGUCUUUGGGCCUAUAAUGGUUUACCAGACACGCUCCCCUGUGCCUAUUUUGUGUCCUGGUGUGUGUGUGUGCACAUCACAAAAUCCAGACAGUGGACUUAACAUCAACUGUCAAGAGCGGAAGUUGCAGAACAUAAGUGAGUUGAACCCUAAGCCCUCCUACCCAAAGAAACUGCACCUGACCGGUAACUACCUUCAAGUGAUAUACAGAACUGAUCUAACGGAGUACAGUCUUCUGGAGCUGCUACAUUUAGGAAAUAACAGGAUUGGAGUCAUUCAGGAAGGCGCAUUUGAGAAUCUGACCAAUCUGAGGCGUCUCUAUCUGAAUGGGAAUUACAUCGAGUCACUUUCACAAUCACUUUUUGCUGGCCUGCAGUCCCUCCAGUAUCUCUAUUUGGAAUAUAAUGUCAUCAAAGACAUUUUACCUCAGACAUUCAAUGCUUUGCAUAACCUUCAGCUGCUUUUCCUCAACAAUAACCUGCUAAGAUCACUGCCUGACAAUGUUUUCGGGGGUACCAUGUUAACAAGACUCAAUUUACGGAAUAAUCAUUUCUCCUAUCUCCCCGUUAAGGGUGUGCUUGACCAGUUAUCUGCGUUCAUUCAGAUUGACCUCCAAGAAAACCCCUGGGACUGCACCUGUCAUAUUGUAGCACUCAAAAACUGGAUGGAACUGUCCAGUACCAGUGUAGUGGUUAAUGAAAUCACUUGUGACUCACCCUCUAAGCAUGCUGGCCGCCUGCUGCGCUCACUGCGCAAUGAGGCCAUCUGUCCCGAGCCAAGUGAAGAGCCCCCGCCUCAAUAUGCCCCCCCUACCAAAGCCCCUACAUUAGUGAGUCCUAGCACUGAGUCACCAACACCCUCUUUCUCCUCUUUUUUCAGCUCAGUCAGCCCCACUGAAUCACGAAUCGAAGCCCCAGAGUUACAUCCAGAAGUCCCGCUUUCAGUUCUAAUUCUUGGACUUCUCAUUGUUUUCAUUUUGUCUGUCUGUUUCGGUGCAGGGCUCUUUGUUUUUGUUCUUAAACGACGCAAGGGGGUGGAACAUGUCCCGACAGGCUCUAACAACAUAGAUCUUCACUCGUUCCAAGUGCAGUACGGCUCCUACAAUCCUGAACCGACUCAAGAUAAACAUUCUGAAAGUCAUGUAUAUAAUUACAUCCCCCCACCUGUGGGUUCCAUGUGCCAGAAUCCAAUUUACAUACAAAAAGGUGGCGAGCAGGUGGCAUAUUAUCGAAACCUCAAGGAGUUAAGCUUGGGGCCGCUGAAUGCAAAGAAGGAUGAUAUUCUCACACGUAGCCCGGGAGCUUAUACCAUUAGUGCAGUGGAUUUAAUGGAUAAAUCGCCAACAUUGCCUCCUGAGAUGUUAUAUCAAAAUGUAGGGGAGAGGCCAAACAAGGAGCUCCCGACAGCUGCUGGCCCCUCUCCUUUCAGUUACAAUUUUUGCACUUUACCCAAGAGACCUUGCAUCGUGCCCCCGUACGAGGCUGCCACGGCCCCACGACAAGUCACCAACCAGGACAGGUUGAACAAAACCGCGCUGUAUGGAACCCCCAGGAAAUGUUUUGGGGUGGAGCCCAAAAGCAGUGAGCACCAAUUUCUUCUCCAUGGCAAGCUAAAAACAGAACCAGACUAUUUGGAAGUACUGGAGAAACAGACUGCUAUGAGCCAGCUGUAA